AUGUUGGGUUGUUUGUUCAUGGGGGCUGGAGCUGUGGAAAAAGCAGGGCCGUGGCACGACCUGGGUCCUAAGUCCGUGCGAGCUCGCUCUCGGGGUGGCGCGGGGCUAGGCAGGCUCCCUCUUGCGUCACAGCUUGUCCCGCACGCCCUUUGUGGGCGUCCAGUCUCCGGCGUCCUGGCGGCCCUGGCCUUGGCCGGGCUGCUCGUCGCGGCGGCUGGGCUCCGAGGCGCGCUCACCGCGGGCUUCAGCGACGCCCCUUCGAGCUCCGGCACAAGAGCCACUUGUCCUGAAAUCAUUUUAAGGCAAGAAGUUUUGAAAGAUGGUUUCCACAGAGACCUUUUAAUAAAAGUGAAGUUUGGAGAAAGCAUCAAGGACUUAAAAACCUGCCGACUCUUAAUUAAACAGUCCAUCCCUGCAGGACUUUUUGUGGAUCCAUAUGAGUUGGCUUCAAUGCAAGAGAAAAACAUAACAGAGGUUUCACUCUGUAGCGCAGGCUGGUCUCAAACUAGGAAAAGACUUAGUGGUGGCAGCAUCAUUGCCUUCGGAUAUGUGAAAGAUCUUUCGUGGAACAAGAGUGGAUUUAUUGAAGACACUCCUGUGCACUAUCGCUACCACCGGCCACACAGUGAGGAUGCAGAAACCUUGAUAGUGGUCAGUAACCCAGAUCUGUUGAUGUCCUGUGAUCAAGAGUUCCCAGUGCUGAAAUGCUGGGCCCAGUCAGAGACGGAAGCUCCUUGUGCUCUGAGGAGUCAGGACAUCUGCCAGUGGAGCAGCCUGCAGUACAGACAAGUCCAGAAGAAUGUGAUGCUACGAGUUCCAGUGGGAUUAACUAUCCAUACCUCUAUAGUAUGCUCAGUGACUCUGCUCCUUACAGUCCUGUGCUCCACUUUGAUUCUCAUAGCAGUUUUCAAAUACGGGAAUAUUUCCCUGUAAUUUUUAUGCUGGAAAUGUUUUAAUAAACCUAAGAC